UGUCGUUAUGUUUCAUCUUGUGAAAAAGGUGCCUCUAUAUUGCGGCGGUCAUGGGCAAACACGGACGCGAUUUCGGAUGGAAAGCGGAAGCAUACCUACACCAACAACGCAAGAAACCGGAAAAUUCGGCAUGCCUUGAACUGUAUGAGGGCUGCAAAAGCUGUGAAAGUAUGGUAGUAUCUAUAUAAACCUAGCCCCCCCCCCUCCGCCAUCGAUCGAGUCAAUUGCUUCACCUCCCUCACCCACGCACUCUCUCGAUCUCCAGAUUUCCGGCAGAGAAGAUUUCUUUCAACGACCACUUACGCGCAACAACUCUUUUCUCUCAAGCCUCAAUUCACAACAGCAACCAUGCGUUCCCCCACCUUUACCAACUCCCUCGCCUCCUUGGCCAUUCUCAUGUCCUCCCUCACUCUCAUCCUCCCCGCGGUCCAUGCCAUCCCGACCCUGGACCUCCUCGGUCUCGACGACGUCCUCAGUCUCGACGACGACCCGACUCUCAACGCAACCGCCCUCUCAAUCCUCACACCUCCCGAACCACUCACCGUCCUUCCCCCGGACGACACAAUCACCAUCACCUCCUCCAACUCCAGCACCAUGAUGAGCACCCUGAGCAUCGGCACCACCGGCCCCUGGAUCGCCGGCUGCAUCCAAGUCGACAACAUCGGCACCGGCAGCCCCGCCUCCUCCAAGCACAUCCGCGAGGGCAUCAAGUACCUGCGUGGCGUCCCCGGUCAGCCGCAGAUCACCCACUACGGGUGCUCGCAGGUGAGCUGCAGCUACAAGAGCGCCAUCUUUUGGUGUAACGAGGAGCUGGGGUGGGGGUUGCGACUGAACAGUUUUGCGGACAUUGCGGAUGGGGCGCAGGCGAUCAUGGACCGGUGCGGCAAGGGGAAGGACGUGAUGGGGAAGUCGACGACGGGGUGGGCGCCGGAUCAGCAGAAGGGACAGCAGUGGAGUGUUGUUGUUACGGGAGGGGAUUGUUGAGGUAUCAGCCGCUGGGUGGGUGGGUGGAUGGUUCUGAAAGGAGUGAGUGAAAUUCAAAAAUGGGGGAUGGAGAUAGGAACUGAAGCUGAAGAAAGGAAAGGGGGAUGGAUUGUGAAUGUUGAUGCUGCCCUCGGGCGAUCCUAGGAGGAGUUUGUGAUGGGAAAAAAAAAACUAAAAAUGGCGUGGUUUGAGAUAGAGGAAGGAAGGUUUGAUGGGAGAACAAUAAUAGAGUCUCAUGGUUUUGAGCCAUUGAAUGAGGAAGAAGCCGAAGGAUAGGUAAUAACAAGUACCAUGAAGUAAUACGAUCGAAGAUCCAAAAGCCAGAACCUCAAUUGACC